AUGACCAGCCAUAUUUGGAGCAUUGUCACUCGAAGGAAGUCCCUGUGGGUGGAUUGGAUCUAUGACUAUAAGUUGAAAGACCGUAGUUUUUGGGAUAUCCAACCUCGUGGUAGUAUUAGCUGGGGAUGGCGGAAAAUAUUGGCCAUUCGAGACAUAGUCCGUCCGUUUAUUUGGAAGGAGGUUAGGAGUGGGCUCCAAACGAAUGUGUGGACCGAUAAUUGGUGUCACAUUAGUCCCUUUAGCUCUUUUAUAACUCCUAGACGCAUUGCUCAGGCGGGGUUUUCCAUGUCAGCUUCUGUAGCGGAUCUGUUUGAUGUAAAUGGGCAAUGGAAGUGGCCGAUAGCGUGGUAUGAUCUUUAUCCUGUUUUAAUCGAUUUGGAUGUUCCCCAAUUGAGCCAUAAUGUGCUAGAUCGUACAGUUUGGAAGGAUUUGGAGGGUAAGUGUUGUUAUUUUCGGUCAUUGGAGGUUUGGAAUGUGCUUAGAUUUCGUGCGAGUCUUGUGCCGUGGGUUAAUGGAGUUUGGUUUGCUCAAUGUAUCCCAAGGCACUCGUUCCACCUAUGGUUGGUGAUAAAAAAUAAGCUUAAAACUCAAGACAGGUUGGCUGUAUGGGAAGUAGGAAGUGCAACGAACAUGAACCUCAUGUGUUGCCCCUUGUGCAGAAAUGAUCGUGAUUCUAGAGACCACUUGUUUUUUCAGUGUUCGUUUUCCGCAACAGUUUGGCAGAAUAUUAAGCCGAUGGGGUCAUUGGAUCAGGUUGAUGAUACUUGGCAAUCUAUUAUGGAUUGGAUGCUUCUUCAUGCUUCGUCGAAGAAGGUGGAGCAUAUUGUUAGCAAGUUGGUCAUUGCGGCGACUACUUAUUUUAUAUGGCUUGAGAGGAACAAAUGUUUGUUUUCAAAUGAUCGGGCUAAAGUUGAAUCUGUGGUUGGGAAAAUCAAGAAAACAGUCAGGCUACGACUUAUGGGGUUUGACUUUAAAGGUGAUGCCAAAGUUGACAGGAUGUUAAGGAAUUGGGAGAUCGCUGCAAGUGAACAGGAGGAAGACCCGGGUUAG